GUAGAUUGAGUGCAUGUUGUGUUGCAGUCAGGGCUGCUGUGUUUCUCCCUCGGCAACAGCUGGCUCAGACGUGUACGGAGACCUGAAGGAGAAGGAGCAGAAGUAUCUAAUGUGGAUGCGAGACACUGAGCAGGAGGAAAGAUACAGUGUAGAGACAGAAAGUGAAGGUUGUGAUGUUGGAUAUCUUUUCCACAUUGAGUUUUGAGAGCCAGAGAGGCGGGCGCUUAAGGUUUGAGUCAUCCUUGUAGCUGACCAAGGAGGAGAGGAGUCAAGCAGGAAGAUAACGUGGGAAAGAGAAGUGGGGGAAUACAGCAUGAUCCUGGGAAGCGUAAACCGCCCAGGGCCCGUCCCUGCCUUCCUCCGGAGCCCACCUGUCAUCCCAACUCCACUGGAUAUGAAGCCCUUCCUCCAGUUCCCCCUGGAAUCACCUCACCCAGCCAGCAUCGGCCUCUUCCACAACUUUAACACAAUGGACCCUGUCCAAAAGGCUGUGAUGACGCACACCUUCGGGCCACCUAUGAUGAAGACAAAGCGGCCAAUCAUCUCCUGCAACGUCUGUCAAAUACGCUUCAACUCAGAGAGCCAGGCAGAGGCCCACUAUAAAGGGAACCGUCAUGCUCGAAGGGUGAAGGGUAUCGAGACUUCCAAAACGACUCGUCUCCAAGAUGGCGACAAGCAACACCAUCCCCCUCCUGCUUCACCCUCCCCGCCAGGCCCUUUACCAUCCAGCCCGGAGCCUGAUACUAACCAUAAUAAACAGGAUGACACUCAAUCCUGUACCAACGCUAAAGAGUCACCUUCAACCCCUAGCCGCCUUCCUACUCCCACACUGAGCUCAGCAGAUACAGAGUGCCCCCUCUUGCCUUCUGUCAACAUGCCUUUGCCACCAUCUCCUUCCCCUUCUGCAGCCCUCAGCACCCCCUCUGCGGAUCCAGCAGCAGCUGCAGCAGCUGGUCUUCCUGACACCCCGUCCCCAGCACCCAGCCCACCUUCAGGAGAGUCAGAGGAAGAGAAAGCCAAAAAGCUUCUCUACUGCUCCCUCUGCAAAGUGGCUGUUAACUCCCUCUCACAGUUGGAGGCACAUAACAAAGGUACCAAACACAAAACUAUUCUGGAGGCUCGAAGUGGACUGGGACCGAUUAAAGCUUACCCACGCUUGGGUCCUAAACCCAGCCCUGAGCAGGGAGGGGAGCUCUCCUCUGACCCUAACACUCAGGAACGCACCUUCCACUGUGAGAUCUGCAACGUCAGAGUCAACUCUGAGCUGCAGCUUAAACAGCAUAUAUCUAGCCGGAGGCAUCGGGAUGGAGUUGCAGGGAAACCUAAUCCUCUUCUCAGUCGGCACAAGAAGCGCACAGACUUUAUGGAACUUCCAAAAACUCUAGGGGCUGGACUUUUACCAAAUCCUCUGGCUGUUGCUGCAGCAAUGGCAGCAGCAGCAUCCUCAAAUCAGCUGGCACUACGUCCUCCUGGCCCAGCCUCCCAUCCUCACCCUCACCCCCAUCACCACCUCCUACAGGGAACACCCCUCAGCCUGCUGAGGCCAGCCCCAGGACCCAUCCGCACCACACAUGGGCCAAUCCUCUUCACUCCUUACUAAUGCUCAAAGAACGAGGACAAAUCAGGAAGAAGCACACUGUGAACUGGAGGCAACCAGGUGCCAUCAUGAGCCAAAUCGGCUGGUGUUCCUCCAGCUGGUUUUUCAGGAUGAUAAAAACAGUGAACAUAAAUGUGACUCUUAAUGGCGCAUUGUGUAGCGAUAUAAGUUUCCAUCCUUUCCAGUUUUCCUUUGUCAUUUAACUGCAGGUAGAAGAGGAACUUGUAAACAAGUUUCUGUCAAGCAUGAACUUCGUUGAGCAUCCUCCAAUCUGCAGCUGACUAAAUACCUUCAUAAGAUCCACUGCAUCAGACUGAAAACCCCUACCUCUCUUAUGUUUAUUGUUCAUCUGCAAGGAUUCACUACAUAUCCAAAUGUUAACAAACAUGCCCACUGGGGUUAGAUAUAGUAGUUGCCUCUGAUGUUAGCUGAUAUCCAUACUGUAGCUGUCAAAGUAUAGUGGAUUGUACCACUGUAAUUAUUUUUUAUUUUUUGCUUUUGUGGCCUACGAAGAGAAAACAGUGCCCAUGAUGACCAUACAAUGUCUGCAGUUUAUGGCAAAAAUUUUGCUGUACUUUAUGUCUAAAUUUUCACAGCUGGCUUUUGUCAAUAUUUAUUUCUGGGUUACAGAUACAAGCAGUCAAAGAGGAACAGGACAUAAGUAUAAGUCACAGGAAGUCUUAAAAUAGAAAUGAUUAAAAUUUGUGAUAUGGUAAGUGUGAAGUAGUGAUAAAGAUGUCAUUGGUUACUAUGCAGCUACUGGUGUUUAAUGUAAGGGUCCUUGUCAAAUGCAGUAGGUUUGGACCUUAUAAUAAACAGAGAAGGGAAACAUACAUGUUAAGUUAGUCUAAUGCCACUAAACCGUUCUUCUGACAUGUCCCCUGAUUAUCGAAGAGUUACCACAGACUACGUAGACAAAAGUCUCACAAAGCAAACAAGUGGUGAGAAAUCUAAAUGAAAGUGUCAAUCAUUUCAUCAUCUACAGAGCACUGUGCAAACCAGAAACAUUUCACUGUCUUAAUGGACUGAUUUCGACACGUUGAGUCGGCAAAACAGACUUGUGGCUUCAGUUGCAAUUAACUGCAACUUGCGCACAUUAAAGAGACUGCUUUUCACCACAAUCUCAAUGACAUGGAAACAGUGUAAAGAAAGACACCAGCAUUCAAGCAAAAAGGACCACAUGCACAGAUGAGAAGCAAAAAAUACUUUUUGACAUUGUUGGAGGUUUGUGUUGGGAUGAAAAUGUCUUGUUUGUCUGCUCUGCCUUGUGUGCUCCAACCUACAUCACCCAAAGUAUCCCAGUGAAAACUGUUAUGGUGGCUUGUGAAACUUUAGAAGGAAGCUUUAGGAAAUGGAAACUGUAGCAAUACUUUAAGCACUCCUACUAACUUUUCUCGUCAACUGCAAUAAAAAAAAUGUCUACAAAUGUAUUAAAUGUUAUUUAGGAUUAGGGUACUGAAACAUUACUGUAAAUGUAGAUUAAUAAAAAAUGAGAAAUGGUUCAAGUCUGGGCUUCCUAAAUGUAAAAUUUAAGCAAAAUUAUAUAUAAUAAAAAUCAUUCAACUGAA